ACACACACACACACACACCCACACCACACUGACAUGACUUGGUUGGCACUGUCCAUGGAAACUAUUCCUCUGCAGUUUACUGGAUGAAACAGACUUUUUUCCUGAGGAGCUGCUGGAUGACGCAGCUGGGACUCAGGAAGUCAUAACUAUGAGUUCAGUUUUAAACCAACAAGCCCUCAUGUGUCUCACUCCACUUCAGCAUUAUUUAACCCUGCAGAGCUGCCUACAGGAGCUCCAAGUUUUUAGUGUCAGUGUCAGAUAAGCCUGUUCCAGUGACAUAGACAGUGCGGAUCAAAGUCUGCAGGCAGGACUGAAGUCUGUUACCUCAGUGCGGAUAGGCAGCGAGAUAAAGGAGUUUGCAUACUGCUGCAUCACCAGCCCUCUCUCCCUCUCUCUCUCUCUCUCUCUCUCUCUCUCUCUCUCUCUUUGCAUAUCCUGUCUCACUCCCUGCCUGUCUCUCUCGCGGAAGGAGGGAGGUGAAAGCUUGCAGUGGAUUUUACAUGAGCUACAACAAGGCUUGACUAAGCGAUACAGUUUCCAUGUGGAUGUGAGCCAAAAGGAGAGAGGGCGAGGUGGUCAAUGAGAGCGCGUGCAGUUGUUUGGCUGAAACUUUAGGCGUUUAGUUGAAUGACAGCGCGCGCAGGGCGGACUCGGUUCCUCUUUGAUGCUCGCCUCAUAUAAUCACUUCUGUUAAAAAGCUCUUCUCAUCUUUUCCUCAUUCCUCAUUUAACUUUUUGCCAAUGAGCGCGAGUCGCAGCUUGUGUGGAGUUCAUCAUCAUCAUCAUCAUCAGGAGCAGGAGGAAGAGAGCGCGCGGACCUCUUAAGGGGAAACUUUGACUUUUACGCGCGGAGGAGUCCAGCCUGUUUUCUGUCUGUCUCUUUGUUUGUUUGUUGUUACCUGAGGAAGUCAUGACUUCUGUGUGGAAGAGAUUACAGAGAGUCGGUAAAAAGGCUUCAAAGUUCCAGUUUGUCGCCUCCUACCAGGAACUGGUGUUGGAGUGUACCAAGAAAUGGCAACCAGACAAGCUGAGGGUGGUGUGGACCAGGAGGAACAGACGCAUGUGCUCCAAGCUCCACAGUUGGCAGCCUGGAAUCAAAAACCCCUACAGAGGCAUGGUGGUGUGGCCCGUCCCAGAAAACAUCGACAUCUCUGUGACGCUUUUCAAGGAGAUCAACGCUGACGAGUUUGAGGACAAAGAGUGGACCUUUGUCAUAGAGGGUGAAAACAAGGGGCAUCGUAAGGUGUUAGCCUCUGCAGACAUCAACCUGAAAAAGUUUGCCAGUCCGACACCGACCCAGACCGACCUCACGCUGACUCUGAAGCCGCUGUCCGUCAAAGUGGUGGAGGCCUCGCUCAAGCUGUCGCUGUCCUGUGUCUUCGUUCGGGAGGGGAAGGCCACAGAUGAAGACAUGCAGAGUCUGGCCAGCUUGAUGAGCGUCAAACCGGCAGACAUCGGCAACAUGGACGACUUCAACGAGAGCGAUGAAGAGGAGGAGAAGAAGUCUCUCACAGCUACAGGCCCAAAGUUCCCCCUCAUCCAAGAAGACAAUGAAACAUCUCCGAGCCAAGACGAGAGCUCUCCUCGAAACAUCCAAGCUGCAGCAAAUACAUCCGACUCGAAGGCGGCCGUCACAGAAAACAAAGCUGGAGCAGCAAAGAUCAGCUCACACAAAGAAGAUGCCGCAGAGGUUGACGCAUCAAAAGACUCAGAAACACAUCCCACUGUGACACCUCCAGCUCAACCCAGCGCACCACAAACUAAAGAGGAGCUCAAAGAGCCCCACAAGGAACCAGAAACCUCCGUUAAGGUUCCCCUCAAACCAGAAGAAGAGCGCAAAGCUUUGGCGCUGGAGCCGCUGCAGCCUUCCAAACCGGAACCUAGUCUGCAGCCAGAACCAGUCCUCCUCCAUGAGACAGGAAAACCACAACAAGAGGGAUCGGAUGAGGAGAAACCGGCAGAAGUCGUGGAGAGUUCGGUCAACAAUAAGGAGCCGGUGUUCGAGGGAGAGAAGCAGCUGUGGGCGACCGUGGAGGAGACGACAUCAGAGACAGGAGGAGUGGAGAGUAGAGAGAGCGCUGAAGAAAAGGAGGAUGAGGGAGGUGUAACAGGGGGGCUAAAGAGCCAAGCUGACAUGUCUGCAGGGAAAAAAGCACCAUCACAGCACGAUGACAUGAAAUCAUCUCGUCUCCCUACAUUACAAGAAGAAGACACCACUGACAGUAAAUCCUCUAAUCGUUUUCCUCUGGUCAGAGAGGAGGCUGAUGGGAAGGAUGAUGUAGCUGAGGGUCUGGUGAACUCCAGCCAGUCGUUGCUCCAGUGGUGUCAGGAUAUCACCAGCAGUUAUAAGGGGGUAAAGGUCACAAACUUCAGCACAUCAUGGAGGAACGGCCUGGCCUUCUGCGCCAUCCUGCAUCACUUCCAUUCAGACAAAAUAGAUUUUGAUAAGUUGGAUUCUCACGACAUCAAGCUCAACAACAAGAAGGCUUUCGACGGUUUCGAGGCGCUGGGCAUCUCUCGUCUGCUGGAGCCGUCAGACAUGGUUCUCCUGUCGGUCCCUGACAGGCUCAUAGUCAUGACUUACCUCAGUCAGAUCCGCUCACACUUCACCAACCAGGAGCUGAGUGUUCUGCAGAUCGAGCACAACAGCAGCCAGUCCAGCUACGGCCUCGCUCCCUCUGGUCCCGUUCCCACUAACGUGGACGCGGCCGCUUUCUGCAUGGCCAGACUGAACGAAGGAGUGAGUCUGGAGGAAGGAGGCAGCAGCACGCUGGUCGUCCCUCCACCCAGGACGAAACGACUGGUGAAAGUGGACGAGUCGUUAACCCCGGUCCCUCCCCCAAGAUCCAUCAACAAAGCAGUUAAAUCAGGGGAUGAAGACCCAACAUCUCACUCUUCAUCAGAAAUCACUAAAAGCACAGAGUCUCAGAGUGCAGCAGACACACAGCCUCCCAAACAAGAGGACGAACCCAUGGACACUAGUCAGUAUGUGCUGAGCGAGCUGGCGGCGUUGGAGAUCGAGCAGAAGCACAUCGACAGCAGAGCGGCCGUGGUGGAGAGACGACUCAGGAGCCUCAUGGAAACAGGAAGUGACCGUGGUGAGGAGGAGAGGCUGAUCCAGGAGUGGUUCACUCUGGUGAACAAGAAGAACGCUCUGAUUCGCAGACAGGACCACCUGGAGCUGCUGCAAGAGGAACAGGAUCUGGAGAGGAGGUUUGAGCUUCUGACCAGAGAGCUACGGGUCAUGAUGGCUAUUGAAGAAUGGCAGAAGUCAUCCACUCAGCAGCAGAGGGAGCAGCUGCUCCUCACAGAGCUCGUGUCUCUGGUCAACCAACGAGACGAGAUCAUCAGAGAUAUCGAUGCCAAGGAGCGAGGGGCGAUGGAGGAGGAUGAGCGUCUGGAGCGAGGUCUUGAGAUGAGAAGGAAAAAAUACAACAACAAAGAGAAAUGUGUCCUUCAGUGAUUUAAAAAAAGACGUGUGAAGUCCUGAAAACAUCUCUCAUGUUUUCAUCUGUUUGACGUUUUUGCACACGAUUAAAAGAGGAAUUUAGUUUUUCCCACUUCCUUUAGUGCCUUUGUGUUCCCGGAGAACUGUUAUCAUGGAACUAAAGGCUGAAACACGUGCCUUCUUUGAAGAGUUUUUAUUACUUCAGGUUGUCUUACUGUUAAAGUAUUAUUUUGACUCUGUUCUCAUGUUUUUAUUUAUUUAAACGGUGUGUCAGGUUGUUGUACAUCUAUUACAUUUGUGUGUUUGUGUGUUUAUUCUUCUGUGACUUCGCUCCAGAGUCACUGGCGUUUCCUUAGUCAUGACCAGAUGUUGUGAAGUUCCUUCAUAUUUAACCAAAAAAGUUUUCAGUUUUUUGUUUUUCAGCAUUUCAUUUUUAGACAUGUCCUCCUUGAGAGUGAGAAAUGUUUGGCUGUGACAUGCAGAGACUCGUAAGUUAUAAAUGACACUCAGUAAGUCAUGAGCUGGACUCAACCCCAGGACGUUAAGAGUGAAGAGAUGUUGUAGAUGUCAGAUAGUGAAAGUUUCAUCAUAUUUAAGUGUUUUUGAAUCCCUUAUGAGCACAAAUAUAGUCAGAGCGUUAUUCAGAGUGCCUUUAAUCAGCCGUCACGUACGCAGCUGUGAAUGUGUUUCCUUGUUUGUGUGUCCUGUGACUCGUUUGAGAUGUGCUGUUCAAAUGAAACUCUACUGUAAACUCA